CGGGGCUCCUCCCCCCGACCCGAAUUAAGACAAGCUAGUCCACUACUGCUAACUGAACUGCGGAACCACAGCAGCCACUCCGUUGCUCGUCAUUUGUACACUGAAGUUGAGGUGUAGCGAUAAAAACGAAGGCCUCGUAGACCGCUCUGUCUUUUGUUACCGACCGCAGCCGAGAUAGAGAGCCAGAGCAGUCACAAGUUGCUGGUUAAGUUAGUGCUAGCUUGCUGCGUCGUUGACAGCUAACGCUAACUAAGUUAGCUCGUCUCAUUGGUAUUCGACGUCAGUUUCAAAACAAAGCCCGCAAAACGGAGGAACUGAAAGGCAGCUGUCACCUCCAGAAAUGCGUGUUAACAGACCAGCUAGCUCGGUUUGAGUCUGUCAGACGACCUGAGAUAAAUACCGCUAUCCGGCUGCUGUUUUGUGCAGUCAGUUAAUGCCUAAUUAACAUUGUUUUGCCGACGUUAAGCUAAGUUGAAGAAGCUGUCAGCAGGUUUGGCCGUGACGCGUUUGAACCGAUAACUAAUCUAGCAGCGAGCGGUAAGCUACGUGGAUCUGUAGAUAAAAAUCAGAUUAAAGUUUCCUCUGGAACUUGGAAUUAAAUGUCCGAAAAGAGUUCAUCGUCCGGUUCGGAUGAGGAUGUGGACCCGGAAUCCGGACAGCCAGUGGAGUUUGGAGGCGUUUUAAGCAAGUGGACAAAUUACAUCCACGGGUGGCAGGACCGAUGGGUGGUGUUGAAAAACAACACUUUGAGCUACUACAAGUCACAGGAUGAGCGGGAGUACGGCUGCAGGGGGUCUCUGUGCCUCAGCAAGGCUGUCAUCACACCUCAUGAGUUUGACGAGUGUCGUUUUGACAUCAGCGUGAACGACAGCGUCUGGUACCUCAGGGCUGAGGAUCCUGAACACAGACUCCAGUGGAUCGAGUCAAUAGAACUGCACAAGGCUGAGUCUGGUUACGGUUCAGAAACAAGUCUGAGGCGUCAUGGUUCCAUGUUGUCUCUCACCUCAGCAGCUAGUGCCUUGUCUUCAACAUCCACAUCCUCCUUCAAGAAGGGGCACAGGUUGCGUGAGAAGCUAGCAGAAAUGGAAACCUUCCGGGACAUUUUGUGCAGACAAGUGGACACCCUGCAGAAGUACUUUGACUCCUGUGCCGAUGCUGUUUCCAAAGACGAAUUUCAGAGAGACAGAGUAGUGGAGGAGGAUGAAGAUGACUUUCCUACUCCUACUACUGCAAGACCCGACGGUGAAUAUAAUCACAACAACAAUGGCAGCAAAGAGAAACUGUUUUCUCCUGCCAGCCCCAAAGGUAUGAACGGGAUUGACUUUAAGGGUGAAGCCAUCACCUUCAAAGCCACCACAGCAGGCAUCCUCUCUACGUUGUCCCACUGCAUCGAACUGAUGGUGAAACGAGAGGACAGCUGGCAGAAAAGACUGGACAAGGAGCUGGAGAAGAGGAGGCGUGUAGAAGAUGCCUACAAGUCUGCUAUGAAUGAACUGAAGAAAAAGUCGCACUAUGGAGGGCCAGACUACGAGGAGGGGCCCAACAGUCUGAUUAAUGAAGAUGAAUUCUUUGAUGCGGUUGAAGCUGCACUGGACAGACAAGACAAGAUAGAAGAGCAGAGCCAGUCAGAAAAGGUCAGGAUACCUCGACUAACUCCAGUGCCUCCUGGUGACGCCUACUCCACCAUCGGUACACACCGAUUUGCCAACAAGCCCCAUAGCCAUUCUUCUUCCUUGUGCUCCGUCGAGCUAGUCAGCGCUUCGGAUGACAUUCACAGAUUCAGCGCUCAGGUGGAGGAGAUGGUGCAGAAUCAUAUGACUUAUUCCCUUCAGGAUGUGGGUGGAGAUGCCAACUGGCAGCUGGUAAUAGAAGAAGGAGAGAUGAAGGUGUACAGGAGAGAGGUGGAGGAGAACGGUAUCGUCCUGGAUCCUCUCAAAGCCACACAUGCUGUGAAGGGGGUAACAGGACAUGAGGUCUGCCACUACUUCUGGGAUACAGCUGUCCGAAUGGACUGGGAGACCACCAUUGAAAAUUUCAACGUUGUGGAAACGCUCUCUGACAAUGCUGUCAUUGUUUACCAGACGCACAAGAGAGUGUGGCCGGCCUCUCAGAGGGACGUUCUCUAUCUGUCAGCUAUCCGAAAGAUUCUGGCAACAAAUGAAAAUGAUCCCGACACAUGGCUCGUCUGCAACUUCUCUGUGGAUCACGACAACGCUUUGCCUACAAACCGGUGUGUUCGUGCCAAAAUCAAUGUCGCCAUGAUCUGCCAAACACUGGUCAGCCCACCUGAAGGCGAUAAAGAGAUCAGCAGAGACAACAUCCUUUGUAAGAUCACCUAUGUUGCCAAUGUAAACCCGGGAGGUUGGGCUCCAGCUUCUGUCCUCAGAGCCGUGGCCAAGAGAGAGUAUCCCAAGUUCCUCAAACGCUUCACCUCCUACGUCCAGGAAAAAACUGCUGGGAAGCCUAUCCUCUUCUGAACCCAAAAGGCUUGUGGAGAGCCGAGGUUCCCCCUUAAACAGACCCGUGUUGUUCAGAAGGCUCUUGAUGACCACGUGACCUUUUCACCUAUCAGUUAGAAUGUGUUUUCCAACUACUACAUGCAGGACACCAUAUCAUCAGGACGUCCCACCGGACACCUGCUUGAAGAUGAGACUGGUUUUAUGGCUUUAAUGCAUCAGUAGUGGUCGCCUCAGCUCCAUUAGAAUGGCUCAGCACCAUCUGGUGGGUCAUGGGUACAUUUGUAUGUACAUAAAUUCAAGAGUUUCCCAAGUGAGUUUAAAUUGUUACCGAUUACUUGCUUUUUUUUGUAAAUUGUUUUGUACAUUUCUUAUGAUUACAUACUUCUCGACUUUUUUUUGGGUUCGCUUUAAUCACUAGUAUUACAGCUACUUGUUCUGCUGCUGCUAAAAUAACUACCAUGAGAGAGGAACAUCAGAUAUUUACAGGAAGAGCACUGAUGAGGCGUGGUACACUAUCUCCUCUUUCUUGCCUUCUCCUGUCCCUCUUGUGAAAACUCUCUUUUGCAGUUUGAUGGGGGGUCAGAGCCUAAAGCUUUGAGAUCUUUAUAUUUCUAGAUUGUUAUAAAGUAGCUUUCAGAGAGCACCGUGGACACAAUGUAUUGUACAGAGAAAACAGAAUAAGUUUUCAGUUAGUUUACCAACAUGAGAAAUGUGAAUUGACUGUUAAGCGCUUGAAUUUGAUGACAGUAAAUGGGCCAAGGAAAUACAGAGUGGGAGAUAAAAAGCAUUUACUAAUUCAUUUAUUUUGGACACAGCUGAACUGAUGAUAGUAGGCUGUGGUCUUUAGAUGCUAAGCUGCAGUCAGCAUGUAUCUGUCUUUAGGUUACUGGCAGAUAUUUGCAAAUAACCAGCUGUAGUGUCUGAUCUGAAGAUUUCUCUCUUUGAUUGAGAGAUGAGCGGGUGCAUUUUGUACACCUGAGGGUUUUUCCUUCCCUCUUUCAGCCCCUAGUAAAGCAGGAAAAGUGUCUGUCCCUUCAUGAGUGUCAGGUUUGUCAAUCAGUCCUGCUCCUUCCGUGCAGGACAAGGUAAAAGUUGUAAAAUGUUGAGCAGGAUAUCAUCGACACCCUACGCUGAGAUUACAUUUCACACGCCACACUACAGUGCAGUGGCCUCCUGCCCUUUGACUGAUAAACUACCCCCAAAAUGCCUUAGACACCGGGAUGAAACCUAAAAGUCCUGGCUUUCUCUACUGUACAGCCACCAGACGUGCAUUUAUCACCACUGAAAUGAAGCUGGGUGGGGUUUGGGGGGUGGGGGUCAGCAUUUCACAUCAUCUUACCUCAAGAUUUAAAUUGACUUUGUUUAAUGCCAUCAACAGUUGGGAGUUUUUGCAACCAUAAGAUCUGCAUGGUUGGAAAAAAAUUCACCAUGAGAUUUUUCAGUCUAAGAGGUCAGAGGUUGGGGAGGAUCCAGAUAUUUGUUUUCGCUGAUAAUUACAAGAGCUGGAUGACGAGCAUUGUCAGCUGAAGAAUGCAUUUAGUGUUUUUAAUUUUGAUAUUUUGUCAGUAAUCUACACACUUUGUAUAUUUCUAAGUUGUACAUCAGAUGUGUUAUUUGCACUAAAUGUAAUGCAAUUUGACAAUGUUCUGUAAAUUAAAAUGAUUACACAACAGAA